UCUGGCUGGACAGCGGGCAUCGGGUCACCAGGCAUCAGGUCAUUUGGCUCGACAGCGGGCACCGCGUCAUCUGGCAAGGCAGUGGGCUCCGAGUCAACUGGUAUGACCGCGGGCACUGGGUCAUUUGGCUCGACAGCGGGCACCGCGUCAUCUGGCAAGGCAGUGGUCUCCGAGUCAACAGGCCCGACAGUGGGCACCGGGUCAUCAGGUACCGGAUUGUCUGGCUCGACAGCGGGCAUCGGGUCAUCAGGUAUGACAGCGGACACUAGGUCACCAGGCAUCAGGUCAUUUGGCUUGCCAGCGGGCACCGCGUCAUCUGGCAAGGCAGUGGGCACCGAGUCACCAGGUACGACAGCGGGCUCUGAGUCAAUUGGCACGACAGCGGGCACCGGAUCAGGUACCGGAUCAUCUGGAUCAACGGCGGGCAUCGAGUCAACUGGCCUAAUAGGAUCGUCAGGCUGGAUCAGUUCAUCAUGCUGGGUAGAGGCUUCAGGCCGAGUACAGGCAUCAGGCCGAGUACAGGCAUCAGGCCGAGUACAGGCAUCAGGCCGAGUACAGGCAUCAGGCCGAGUACAGGCAUCAGGCCGAGUACAGGCAUCAGGCCGAGUACAGGCAUCAGGCCGAGUAGAGGCAUCAGUCUGAACCACGGAAGGCAGGCUCACCGGUUUGGAUACUGGCAGGAUGGUAUUGGUUGGAAAGAAUUUUCGCUUUUUUCUGGUUUUUAACUACUGGAGCACUGCAAGUAAACGCAGGUCUGCAAACGAAUGGAGCAGCUGGAGACAGAGAAGAACUGAGGAUGGAACAGAAGAACUACAGGAGGGCUUUUUUUUACAGGGUUAAAAGGCAGGAUCGGUGCAGCGAGAGGGAACAAGGUACUGACAUGCGGUAGAUAGCCAAGUAUACUGGGCUGUAACUGGAGGAGCUGGUGGGAAUACAGGAGUAGAGUUAGAAGCAGGACUGGGUCUUUGUAAGCUGACUGAGGCUGGGUGCAACAAAUCUGUCCAUUCUGCAGUAAGGGGUUGAACAAAGCUGAGCUUACACAAAGUCUGUCUGGUCAAUGACUGCACUGCGUUUUAUACAAUCUCUCAGUGUCUGUGGUGAACAUGUGGAAUAACGCUCCAGAAAGUAACCCACAUCAUCCUCUAAUAACCACACCAGGGACUCUACCUGGUCUGCACUAAAUGGUGGCAAAAAUUCAUCCCUGCAUUCGGGGGAACCAGAUGAAACCAACUCUGCACAAACCUCAAUCAAUGGCUGCACCUCAGAGAACACUGUGCCCUGAUCUACUAGAACAUGAGCGAGCCGUAUACAUCUAGCAAUUCAUCCCGGGUAUACUCCUUCAGAGUUUGAUAAGCAUACUCCCUGUCAUCAAACACUAGCAGAUAUAAAUACUCAACCUCCUCAAGAUCCAUCCUUCCCAUCAACAAGCCAAGAUGGCUUCCCUGUGCAGCCACUUCUGGUCAGGAUUGGCCUUGGUGUAAUGUCAGGGCUCCCAGGUAUGACCAGAG